AUGGCUGACUCAGUUGUGAACAUAUUUGGUCAUUUUGGGUGCCUGGUCACCAGGACUGCUUUUUAUUCUGUCAAAGUGGAUAUUGUCACCAUAAGUGAUCUCUUCAUUGACCUCAACUACAUGAUCUACAUGGUCUACAUUCUCUAGUAUGAUUCUACUCAUGGCAAGUUCAAAGGCACAAUCAUGGCUGAGAAUGGAAAGCUUGUCAUCAAUGGAAAGUCCUCCAUUUUCCAGGAGCGAGUUCCUGCCAACAUCAAACAGGGUGAUUCUAGUUCUGAAUAUAUUGUGGAGCCCACUGGUGUCUUUACCACCAUGCAGAAGGCUGGGGCUCACCUGAAGGGUGGAGCCAAGAGGGUCAUCAUCCCUGCCCCUUCUGCAGAUGCCCCCAUGUUUGUGAUGGAUGUGAACCAUGACAAAUUUGGCAACUCCCCAAAGGUUGUCAGCAAUGCCUCCUGUGCCACUCAACUGCUUGGUUCUCUGGCCAAUGUCAUCCAUGACAAAUUUGGCAUCAUGGAGGGAUUCAUGACCACAGUCCAUGCAAUCAUUGCCACCCAGAAAACUCUGGAUGGUCCCCCUGGAAAACUGUGGUGUGAUGGCAAAGGGGCUUCCCAGAACAUCUUCCCUGCUUCCACUGGUGCUGCCAAGGCUAUGGGAAAGGUCAUCCGAGCUGAACAGAAGCUCUCUGAUAUGGCCUUCUAUGUCCCCUCCCCCAUUGUGUCAGUUGUGGAUCUGACCUGUUGCCUAGAGAAAGCUACCAAAUAUGAUGACAUCAGGAAGGUAGUGAGGCAGGCCUCAGAGGACCCCCUCAAGGGCAUCCUGGGCUACACUGAGGACCAGGUUGUCCCCUGCAACUUUAAUGGGGACUCCGCCUUCGAUGUUGGGGCUGGCAUUGCUCUCAAUGACCAAUUUGUCAAGCUCAUUUCCUGGUAUAACAAUGAGUUUGGUUAUAGCAACAGGAUGGUAGACCUUAUGGUCUACAUGGCCUCCAAGGAGUAA